AGUACCCGGUGACUCCCCUUUCCCCGCGCUUAGAUGUGGUACGGUCCAUAAUGUAGCGGCGGCAGCGUCCCCCUCACAUACUCCGUGGUAAGUCCGUAUGCACUCCCGCUGUCUGCGCCCCGUCUACCGCUCCUCUAUCCGUGUGCCGUGCCGUGCCGGGGGGAUGCUGCUGUGGGACCCGUGAACUGUGAGCAUGCUCUCCCCUAUCAUCAACACGACAUGACGCCUUUUAUUUCCCUUGUGUCCGCAUGAAUGAGAGAGAGAGAGGGGUGUCUGCCGCCGUACUGUAGCCGUAUUUUGUCUCUCUUUAACGGUUUGAAAAAGGAGGAGGCACCAACCGCGGGGACUACAGCUGCAGCCGCGGCCGCUUGGCAGGUGUCGUCGCCCGGGUGUGAAGAAGAGGAGAGAUGCCCCCCGUCAAAAGAACCAUGUCUGAUCUGCGGACGCGGGCUGAGGGAUAUGCGAAGACUGCAGACACCACAUCAGAAAAGACAUCUCUGGCUGACCAAGAAGAUGCACGGCUCAUAUACCUUAACCAGCCACAGUUCGCCAGGUUUUGUAGCAACCGUGUCAGCACUGCCAAAUAUAACGUCCUCACCUUCCUCCCGCGGUUCCUUUACUCUCAGUUCCGGAGAGCAGCCAAUGCCUUCUUCCUCUUCAUUGCACUCUUGCAGCAAAUUCCAGAUGUUUCUCCCACUGGUCGUUGGACAACACUGGUGCCCCUCCUCUUCAUCCUUGUGGUGGCAGCUGUCAAAGAGAUCAUUGAAGAUUUGAAACGUCAUAAUGCUGACAGUGUAGUCAACAAAAAGGAAUGUCAAGUCUUGAGAAAUGGUGCCUGGGAGAUUGUUCAUUGGGAGAAGGUUGAAGUGGGCGAUAUUAUUAAAGUAAAUGGCAGUGAUUUUGUUCCUGCGGAUGCUGCCAUUUUGUCUACCAGUGAACCACAGGGUAUGUGCUAUAUCGAAACCUCAAACUUGGAUGGAGAGACCAACCUUAAAAUCAGACAGGGCCUCCAGGUAACCGCUGACAGAAAGGAAAUUGACAGCCUCAUGCGUCUGUCUGGCCGUAUGGAGUGUGAGAGUCCAAACCGUCAUCUGUACGAGUUUGUGGGCAACAUCAGACUGGACGGUCACAGCACUGUGCCUCUGGGGCCGGACCAGAUUUUACUGAGGGGAGCCCAGCUGAGGAACACGCAGUGGGUCCAUGGAGUGGUCGUGUACACAGGGCAUGACACAAAACUAAUGCAGAAUUCCACUCGCCCACCUCUGAAGCUGUCCAACGUGGAGCGGAUUACCAACUUUCAGAUCCUGGUGUUGUUCGGCUGCCUGCUGGCUAUAUCUCUAGUCUGCUCCAUUGGCCAGACCAUCUGGAAGUACCAGUAUGGCAAUGAUGCCUGGUACAUGGAUCUCAACUACGGUGGCGCGGCUAACUUUGGCCUCAACUUUCUUACCUUCAUCAUCUUGUUCAACAACCUGAUCCCCAUCAGCCUUCUGGUCACGCUGGAGGUCAUCAAGUUCAUCCAGGCUUUCUUCAUCAAUUGGGACACUGAUAUGCUUUACGAACCUACAAACACGCCUGCUAUGGCUCGAACUUCAAAUUUAAACGAAGAAUUAGGCCAGGUGAAAUAUAUCUUCUCUGACAAGACGGGGACUUUGACUUGCAAUGUGAUGCAGUUUAAGAAGUGUACCAUUGCUGGAGUGGCAUAUGGUCAUGUGCCAGAGCCUGACGAUGGUAGUUUUGCAGAGGAGGACUGGCACAGCUCUCACUCCUCCGAAGAGGCAGGAUUUAAUGACCCAAGCUUAUUGGAAAACCUCCAAAGUCAUCACCCCACAGCUGCUGUCAUCCUGGACUUCAUGACUAUGAUGGCCAUCUGUCACACUGCAGUCCCAGAGCGGUCCGAUGAUACAAUCACCUACCAGGCUGCGUCUCCAGAUGAAGGAGCUCUUGUCCGGGCUGCACGCAACCUGGGAUUUGUGUUUUCCGGUAGAACUCCUGACAGCGUUAUUGCGGAAAUCGUUGGAAAAGAAGAGAAGUAUGAACUGCUUCAUGUGUUGGAGUUUACGAGUGCUAGGAAGAGAAUGUCCGUCAUCAUGCGCACCCCAUCUGGGAAGAUUCGGCUCUACUGCAAAGGGGCCGACACAGUGAUUUACGACCGUCUAGCAGACAGUUCCCGGUAUAAAGAGAUCACAUUGAAGCACCUAGAACAGUUUGCCACAGAAGGGCUGCGUACCCUCUGCUUUGCUGUGGCAGAGAUUAGUGAGUCAUCCUACAAGCAUUGGCAAGAAAUCUACCACCGGGCCUGUACAUCACUGCAAAACAGAGCACUGAAGAUGGAGGAGAGCUAUGAACUUAUUGAAAAGAACCUGCAGCUGCUAGGAGCCACAGCCAUUGAAGACAAGCUCCAAGACAAAGUUCCCGAAACCAUAGAGACACUGAUGAAAGCCGACAUCAAGAUCUGGAUCCUGACCGGAGACAAACAGGAAACAGCCAUCAAUAUUGGACAUUCCUGCAAGCUUUUGACCAAGAACAUGGGGAUGCUUGCGAUCAAUGAAGGCACUCUAGACGCCACACGGGAGACCCUAAGCCAUCACUGUGGAAUGCUGGGGGAUGCCCUGUAUAAGGAAAACGACUUUGCCCUCAUUAUUGAUGGGAAGACGUUAAAGUACGCGCUCACAUUUGGUGUGCGACAGUACUUUCUAGACCUUGCCCUGUCCUGUAAAGCGGUCAUAUGCUGCAGAGUCUCUCCACUUCAGAAGUCGGAGGUGGUGGAGAUGGUUAAGAAGCACGUAAAGGUGAUCACAUUGGCCAUUGGUGAUGGGGCCAAUGAUGUGGGCAUGAUCCAGACGGCUCACGUGGGAGUGGGGAUCUCAGGGAACGAAGGGCUGCAGGCCGCUAACUCCUCAGACUACUCCAUAGCGCAGUUCAAAUACUUGAAGAAUUUACUGCUUGUGCACGGAGCCUGGAACUACAAUCGUGUGGCCAAGUGCAUCCUGUACUGCUUCUACAAGAAUAUCGUCCUUUACAUCAUCGAGAUCUGGUUUGCAUUUGUCAAUGGCUUCUCUGGUCAGAUCCUGUUUGAACGCUGGUGCAUCGGUCUGUACAAUGUGCUAUUCACUGCAUUGCCACCUCUCACUUUGGGAAUAUUUGAGCGCUCCUGCCGAAAAGAGAACAUGCUUAAGUACCCCGAACUCUACAAAUCCUCCCAGAAUGCCAUGGGCUUCAAUACCAAGGUCUUCUGGGCCCAUUGUCUGAACGGCCUCUUCCACUCCGUCAUCCUCUUCUGGUUCCCCCUUAAAGCGUUCCAGCAUGAUACUGUUUUUGGCAGUGGACAAACUCCGGACUAUCUCCUCUUGGGGAACAUGGUUUAUACAUUUGUGGUCAUCACAGUUUGCCUAAAAGCCGGUCUGGAAACAUCCUCUUGGACCACGUUCAGUCACAUUGCCAUCUGGGGAAGCAUUGGAUUGUGGGUGGUAUUUUUCCUGAUCUACUCCUCCCUCUGGCCGCUCAUUACCCUGGCUCCCGACAUGUCCGGAGAGGCCACUAUGAUGUUCAGCUCGGGCGUCUUCUGGAUGGGCCUGUUCUUCAUCCCCAUCACCUCUUUGGUCUUUGACGUGGCCUACAAAGUGGUGAAAAGGGUGUGCUUCAAGACUUUGGUGGAUGAAGUUCAGGAGUUGGAAGCUUUAUCCAAAGAUCCUGGAGCAGUUGUCCAUGGCAAAAGUCUGACGGAGAGGGCCCAGCUUCUGAAAAACGUCUUCAAGAAAAGCACCGUCAGUCUGUACCGUUCCGAGUCCUUGCAGCAAAACCUGCUCCACGGCUAUGCCUUUUCCCAAGAUGAAAACGGCGUGGUGUCUCAGUCUGAGGUGAUCCGGGCGUACGACACCACCAAACAGAGGACCAACGGCUGGUGAGAUCCCGCCCCCUCGCUGCGGCCGGCCAAUCAGGAACCACCGGGCCGCUUCCUCUGAUACUGAACCAGUAGAGACGCUGUGGUGCGAUGGUGUGAGGUAGUGCCCAGCGUCUCACGGGGAUUUACCAGUAACAUUAAGAAUACAGAUGGACACGGGUAGUUAUGUAAGAGAGGGGAAGAUCCACACAAAGGGACACCACACACGCAUAUAGGAACACAUCACUCUCAGCUGUCACGUCCAGCAGACAUAAUGAGCACUGUGCUUUCUUAGCAGUCUGUGGUCUGACGUUCUUCACUGUCCUUGCAGUUUCAGCUUGAACAACUCUCCUUUCGCAUUGGUAUGAUAGAUGAUGGUUUAAGGACCAGACCAAAAACGGUUCGCAUAAUUGAAGUCCAUUAAAACGAGCUGCUUUUGACACUGUUAUUGUACAACAUUAGACAAUGUGUGAUGAUGAGGAUAUAGACUUGUGUAAGAUUGCCAAAGAGCAGUCGUGUAUACAAUCUUCUAAGUACUAGUGAAUUGGGAAAACCUUAAACCAAAUGUAAUCACACAUGUGCGUGUAUUCCAGCACUAAAUGGACCACUUUUUCGCAGACAUGUUUGUUUUGAUUUGCACUUGAGAAAGCAUCUAUUGUGUAACGCCUUACAUAUGCUCAUGCCUUCAUCUUGUAUUGUGCAUAUUUUAGUUGAAUAUUUAAUGUAUGUUACUAAUGUGCCUGUUUUUGUUUUGGUUUGUCCCUCAAAGCCGUAAUCUCAUGCCACAAUGUCCACUUUUCUUAUGCUCGGCACAUACUAGCAUUCCACAUGUCACUCCUGUUUGAAACAAUCACAACGGUGCCUACGUAAACCUUCCCUCGUAGAUGAUAGUUAGACAAGAGCAGAUUAGCCGGCUAUCUUAGGACAGUGCUCCUCACACACCCAGUGAAGCAUAACCACAGUAUUGCACUUGUACAAUGUGAUACAACUGAGCGCCUUGUGGCACAUGUUCGGCUCUCUGCAGUGGUGGCUUCCACUCUGUGGUAAUGUUACCUACACGUGAAGAUCCUAACCUUCUAACACAAGUGCCAUUAGUUUAAGGGAGAGAGAACUUAGCCAGGAAACUCCACGUCAAUAUCAAAACAACUUUGUCUCUAUAGUUAUUUUGUGGAUUUGUAUUUUUAUAUUGGAAAUGUCUGACUUUUGCAUUGACUGGCUUUGUAAUGAACUGUCUGUAACUUUAGUUCUUUUGAGAAACUGGCAGAUUAGGAUCGCUUGAAAGGGUAAAGUGAGCUUUGUUAAUGUCUUGUUAUUACUAUAAUUAUUAUUGUAACAGCCUGUUUUAUUUAUAAUUGAGUACUUACUGUCUGUGUGAUUGCUUUUUUCUCCCUAUGGGAGACGAGGUUGUGUAUGUGUGGGUCUGCAUGUGCAUGUGUGUACUCUGUGGAUAACCUGAGACUGCACUGCAUGUUGUGUCUGAGCUGGGAGCGUACAUGUGGAGUGGAUGGGGGGGUGCAGACGCCUGCUGCAGUUGUCCGUCUGUGCUCCUCACGUACAGUAUCUGUGUGUACUGCUGUGUACUACUGUGUGCUGAUGCAUGGCCCUUAUGGGCACACAGUGUCAGUCUGCACACACUUUUUCUCAAGCUCAGCUCUUUUUGAUGGAAGAUGUUGCACAAUGCACUCAAUGUACCUUUUCAGUAGUGAUCUCUGGUAUUCUGAGUUUGAUAAUUAUUUGUGUUCAUAUUUGUAAUUUAUUUUUCUUCAUGCACUGUACUUCUGCUUUGUGUUUAUCAGUUCAGUGAUGGUUCUGACUUUUUAAUGUUGUCAUCAUGAUUUUAUCAAACCGCUGAAUGUUGUUGUCGUGAAAAAGGCUUGGACUGUUGCUUUUAUUUCCAGAAACCAUUUUACAUGUGGCUGUCUGUCAGAUGUGGGCUGCAUGAAUGGAUAACAACGAACUGUUCUCUCAAGUGUUAAUUGUACUACUUUGACCACUUUACAGAAUACUGCACCUUUAACUUUUCUUUUAAUGUUGAAUUUCUGUUCUAAUUUAUUCAAUGAUUGUUCUGCAUGUUGGGACUGCAAACUUAAGUGUUGUCUUUUACUGCCAUGAAAGACUACUGAAAUAAACUGCAAUCAUGAAGAAA